GCGGCCCAAGAUGGCGGCGGUGCGGCGGCUGAGCGCGGCGGCGGCGCCGGCCCGGCGGUUCUGUCAGAUGCUGUUAAAAGAUCAUAAUUGGACAACUCGACAGCCUUUCCACCAACUUCUGCAAAAGAAACCAUCUCUUCCAUCUGCAGUGUGGCAUCGUGCAGUGAGAGGCAUGUUUAUUCAGACUCAGGACACACCAAAUCCAAAUAGCCUGAAGUUUAUUCCAGGGAGGGAGGUGCUGGAGUCGAGGACGAUGGAGUUUUCCACACCAGCUGCAGCGUUUUGCUCACCUUUAGCAAGACAGUUAUUCAGGAUUGAAGGAGUUAAAAGUGUUUUCUUUGGACCAGACUUCAUCACAAUCACCAAGGAGAGUGAAGACCUGGAUUGGAACUUACUGAAACCAGAUAUUUAUGCAGCUAUAAUGGAUUUCUUUGCCUCUGGUUUGCCUGUGGUCACUGAUGAGGCACCCAGGACAGAUACGGCUGCUUCCGAAGAAGAUGAUGAAGUUGUGCUGAUGAUUAAGGAGCUGCUGGAUACAAGGAUAAGGCCGACGGUGCAGGAGGACGGUGGUGAUGUGAUUUAUAAAGGCUUUGAGGAUGGCAUUGUGCAGCUGAAGCUGCAGGGCUCGUGCACCAGCUGUCCCAGCUCCAUCAUCACCCUGAAGAACGGGAUCCAGAACAUGCUGCAGUUCUACAUCCCCGAGGUGGAAGGCGUGGAACAGGUUGUUGACGACGACGAUGACGUGGAGAAAGAAGCAAAUUCUACUUGAGUUGCAUCAUCUGUGGCCAAACACACCUUUACAUCCUGGUGUGUGUAAACCAUCUUUGUGCUGAGAAACAACCCAAUCCGCCUUUUCAGAAACAUAGUUGCACUUCCCUGGGAAAGUGUGUCAUCAGUGUAAGCAGCUUGUCCACUAAUUUAUUAAAUGCCCUCCAUUAAAAACAAUCCUUUUGCUCUCUCUUAUGCUGUGUCUUAAGAAAGAAAUGGUGGGCUUGAAAAACGGUGAGGUCUCUCUUCGUUGGUUCAUACGGAUAAUUCAAGAGUGAAAAAAGAGAAGGCAGAAGUCAAGUUUUGUGACUGUGCAAUAGAAAUAGAUGUUUAUUCCCCUAAACCUCCAUGGGCCUGGCAGGACUCUGCCCUUGCUCUCUAACUGGGGAAUCAGGAAUGUUAAUUUUAUCAAGUCUUUUUAAAAAGCUUUUGAUUCCUGUCAAUUUUUCGUGUUACCUGAUUGCUCAUUGCCACUGUGCAAACAGCAAAAAAAACAACAAAAGAUGUGAAUUGUUUGUUACAGAAAUCAUAUCUUUUAAAGUAAAUGUUAGAAGAAGAUGAUCCUGUUAGCUUCAGGAAGUAGAGAGGCUAAUUAGCCUAUUUAGAAGUAAAAUCGUUCAGCCACCAUUAGCGGUCUGUUUAAACAUGCAAAAACUUCUGCAGGAUGUAAUUCUCCACCUUGCAGAGGAAAGUGGGUGCUUGAGGGCACGGAUUGCGUUUGGAUGGCAGGAGAAGGACUGUUUGCUCCUGCUGGAUCCUGUUUGUUCUCCGGCAGGGCCGGGAGGAACUUGGCUGCCCCGGCUGCUGCGGGAGGGGGACGUGGCAGAGCCAACACCUUCCAUCUGAGAGAGCAGGGGAAGGGAAAUAUUUGUUGUUCUGACACUGGAAUACAUAAAUGGGGCUUUGCGAGGAGUAGUUGUGUUUACUUGUGUGUGGGGGAAGGAUUUCUUCCUGGUGCCUGGCUCCAGCACGGCUUUGGGAGUGGAAAUACUGUUUCUGCUUUGUGCUGCCCCACCGGGCUGAGCUAGUGGUCAUUAUUUGGCCUGUGCUCGUGUUCCCUGGUGCAAGGAUUUGACAAAGCUGUGUUCCCCUCUCUCACUCCUUGCCAGGGUAAUUAUUCCACUGAGUCCCUAAGCAGGAUCAGUUCAGUCGGUGGAGAAUCUUUUACAUAGCAGCUCAUCAGCAUGUGGCAGCCAUAAACUUCAUACUGCUUGUUAGAAAUCUGAAAAGAAAUAUUUUAGCUAAAUAUUUCUGCAGCUUUCAUGGAGAGUAAUAACCCACAGUAGUUUAAAUUACCCACUCAGGAUUUGGAAAUUGGUCUGAAAUCACAAUAUUUUCUUUACCCACUGAUGAAGUACACAGUGCCUGAUCUUACAAGUGCAUUGAUGACAAAAUUCCCCUCAAGGCAGGCUCAGACUGCCCAAAAGAGAGCUUGUGCAAACAUCAGUGCCCUGUUCUCCAUCAGCAAACCGUAGAACGGCGAGUCAUGGCUCUGGUUUCUCAAAAAGAGACCUUUUUAGGACUGAUUUCCCAAUUUAAUGCACUGUAUCAGCCAAAACCCAAACAGCAAAGUAGCUGUUUUGUGUGGUAAAUAAAAUGUGUCUAUGAAA